AGCGCGAGACACUGAGCUGUGCAUUCGACAGUAUGCGCUGAAGAUGCGCGCCGUGCGUUUACCUCAGUGAGCCACAUUUAACAACUAUAUCAAGAACUAUUUCGCUUCAUCCAGAGGCUGGAUAUUUCAGACCGGACGCUUUUUUACGGCGAGUCGAGCUCAGCUGCACUUACCAAUGCUUUAUUUGUCUUCACUGAUCUUUUUUCAGUGUUUUAUACGGAUUUAGUUUCAUUCAUUCUGGACUAAGGCCAGCUGAAACACCUUCAUACAAGACAUUUACGAAAUCUUCAGUGGACAAGGCGCACACCUUUUGCUCGACUGGGAAUAUCAAUGAAUUGCGGACUGAUAUUUGGUUAAUACUGGGUUAUCUUCGUUGCUCCAGUCACAAAAAUUGGACUAUUUGUUUUUUUCUUUCUUCAAUUGGAAUCUCUGGUUUCAGUCAGUUGGAUAUGAGCGCAUGGACAGAAAUGCGGAUCAAGGAGGAAACAUUCUAACUUCACAUCUUUAUAUGGAUUGAUUUGGCAUGAACGAUGUUUUAAUUUAAUUUUAAUUUAAGUUUUCGUCACGAAUCAUGAUACCAAGAGCAAAUAUUUUAAAACUGGAUCCCUUCUUUUAUUCAUUCACAAGUUGAGGACCUUCAAGUGGACAUUUAGCCCACAUUAGUACUGAAUAUUUUCUUUCACUGGCUCAAAAUGGUCGGUAUACAUCUCGGUUUCCGUGAAUUACCCAAAUGUUCACGUUGAAGCCAUGUUUUCCAUUCACAAUGUUGUCUCAUUCGUUAGAUGAAGAAACAUUCUCCAGUUUUCUUCACAUUUUCUUCACAAAUAGUGCAAGACAUGGGUGGCCUGAUAAGAUGUCGAUAAAGUAAAUGGAAGUUAUCCACUGCGUAAUCAGUAAGUCAAAUGAAUUUCACCGCAGAUAUAAACAUUUUCGAUCAUUUUAAAGGAUAUCUGCCAGACUGUGAUUUUGUUCGUUUGACUUUUUGGAGCUUUUUUUACGUCGUAUCGAAUGUGCAUAGGUUUAAAUGUUAAUAAACGAUCAUGCAAAUGAGCGCGUGAAGACAGACAUCAACAGGUACAAUGCAUUCCAAGGACAUGGAUUUCGUACAAAUGUUUGUGUGCUUUCUCUUGUGCUGGACUGGAGUCGAUGCCGUGUUCAAUUUGAAAUACACCGUGGAGGAAGAGCUGCGUGCAGGCACAAAGAUAGCCAACGUAACGGCGGACGCAAAAGUUGCGGGUUUUGCACUUGGAAACCGACAGCCUUAUUUGCGGGUUAUCUCCAAUUCCGAGCCACGAUGGGUUAAUCUGAGCCCUGCCGGACUGCUCAUCACCAAGCAAAAAAUUGAUCGGGACGCUGUUUGCCGACAGACACCUAAGUGUUUUAUUUCGUUAGAGGUGAUGUCGAACUCGAUGGAGAUCUGCGUGAUCAAAAUUGAGAUUAUCGACGUAAACGACAACGCGCCCCGCUUCCCCACCAACCACAUUGACAUAGAAAUCUCGGAAAAUGCCGCUCCCGGUACCAGAUUUCCCCUAGAGGGGGCAAGCGAUCCGGACUCGGGGAGCAACGGCAUUCAAACGUACACCAUCACCCCGAAUGAUAUUUUCGGUCUUGAGAUUAAGACGAGGGGAGACGGGUCCAAAAUCGCAGAACUUGUCGUGGAAAAGACUUUAGACAGAGAAACGCAGUCUCGGUACACGUUUGAACUCACGGCGGAGGACGGAGGAGACCCUCCGAAGUCUGGGACUGUGCAACUUAACAUCAAAGUCAUCGACUCCAACGACAACAACCCCGUUUUCGAUGAGCCAGUGUACACUGUAAACGUGCUGGAGAAUUCUCCCAUUAACACGUUAGUCAUAGACCUGAACGCCACUGACCCAGACGAAGGAACCAAUGGCGAGGUGGUCUACUCAUUCAUAAACUUUGUCUCCAACCUGACCAAACAGAUGUUUAAAAUCGACCCCAAAACAGGUGUAAUCACAGUGAACGGCGUUUUGGACCACGAGGAACUGCACAUUCACGAAAUUGACGUACAAGCCAAAGAUCUGGGUCCAAAUUCAAUCCCUGCCCACUGCAAAGUGAUUGUUAACGUAAUCGACAUAAACGACAACGCGCCCGAAAUCAAACUGUUGUCGGAGAACAGCGAGAUGGUAGAGGUGAGCGAAAACGCUCCUCUCGGAUACGUGAUAGCACUGGUGCGAGUCUCAGACAACGAUUCCGGAGCGAAUGGGAAAGUGCAGUGCAGACUGCAGGGCAAUGUGCCUUUUAGACUCAAUGAGUUCGAGAGCUUCUCCACCUUACUUGUUGACGGCCGUCUGGAUAGAGAGCAGAGAGACAUGUACAAUUUGACCAUUCUGGCCGAGGACAGCGGGUAUCCCCCGCUCAGAAGCUCGAAAUCGUUUGCGGUGAAAGUAACAGAUGAAAACGACAAUCCCCCGUACUUCACCAAGCCCCAUUAUCAAGCCAUGGUGCUCGAAAAUAACGUCCCAGGUGCGUUUCUUCUGGCGGUGUCCGCCAGAGACCCUGAUCUGGGCAUGAACGGCACCGUGUCGUACGAAAUCAUCAAAUCGGAGGUGCGGGGCAUGUCUGUGGAAUCUUACGUGACCGUCAACUCAAACGGCGAAAUAUACGGCGUCAGGGCUUUUAAUCACGAAGAUACGCGGACAUUUGAGUUUAAAGUGUCUGCGAAGGAUGGGGGAGAUCCACCUUUGACCAGCAACGCCACCGUGCGCAUCGUCGUGCUGGAUGUAAACGACAACACACCUGUGAUGACCACCCCGCCCCUGGUGAACGGCACCGCGGAGGUGUCCAUCCCUAAAAACGCUGGAGUUGGUUAUUUGGUUACACAAAUAAAAGCUGAUGAUUACGAUGAGGGUGAAAAUGGGAGGUUAACAUAUUCAAUAUCAGAAGGAGACAUGGCAUACUUUGAAAUAGACCAGAUAAACGGCGAGGUGCGAACCACAAAGACGUUUGGGGAGAACGCGAAGCCAUCCUAUCAAAUCACCGUGGUGGCGCACGACCACGGCCAAACUUCUCUGUCUGCCUCUGCAUAUAUUGUCAUUUAUCUCUCACCUGAUCUCAAUGCACAGGAACAAAUCGGACCAGUCAACCUGUCCCUCAUCUUCAUCAUUGCCUUGGGCUCUAUUGCAGUCAUCCUGUUUGUCACGAUGAUAUUUGUGGCUGUCAAGUGCAAAAGGGAUAACAAGGAAAUCAGAACCUACAACUGCAGUUUCUUGUACCUGCGCAGGGUGGCGGAGUACUCCUACGGCAACCAGAAGAAGUCCAGCAAGAAGAAGAAGCUGAGCAAGAAUGACAUCCGGCUGGUGCCGCGGGACGUGGAGGAGACGGACAAGAUGAAUGUGGUGAGUUGCUCGUCUCUCACCUCUUCGCUCAACUACUUCGACUACCACCAGCAGACUCUGCCGCUGGGCUGCAGGCGCUCCGAGAGCACCUUCCUCAACGUGGAGAACCAGAACUCCAGGAAUGCUGCACCCAACCAUGGCUACCACCACACCUUCACAGGGCAGGGCCCUCAGCAGCCUGACCUCAUCAUCAACGGCAUGCCGCUGCCUGAGACGGAGAAUUAUUCCAUUGACUCCAGUUAUGUAAACAGCAGAGCACACCUAAUUAAAAGCACGUCAACAUUCAAGGACAUGGAAGGAAACAGUUUGAAGGACAGCGGGCACGAAGAGAGCGACCAAACAGACAGUGAACAUGACGUCCAGAGAGGGCACUAUGCUGAUACAGCUGUCAACGAUGUCCUGAAUAUGACCGUACCCUCAAACAACUCACAGAUACCUGACCAAGAUCAGUCGGAGGGUUUCCACUGCCAAGAUGAAUGCCGUAUCUUGGGCCACUCGGACCGUUGCUGGAUGCCCCGGGUACCGAUACCGGCGAGAGCUAAGUCUCCGGAACACGGACGCAAUGUCAUCGCCCUGUCCAUUGAGGCCACCACAGUGGACGUACCUCACUAUGAGGACUGUGGCACCACCAAAAGGACUUUUGCCACCUUUGGCAAAGACGGGCCGGAUGAGGACCGGGCCGAGCAAAGGGGCAGGCGGCAAACAGCGGAGCCAGCCGUCUGCAGCCCCAAGACCAACGGCGCUGUGCGCGAGGCCGGAAACGGCAGAGAGGCCGUCAGCCCCAUCACCUCCCCCGUGCACCUGAAAAGCCCCCAAUCCAAAGCAUCUUCCACCUACAACACACUGAAAUGCCGUGACGCAGAGCGCAUAGCCAAUCACAGCCUGCUGCGGCAGCCGGAGGGGAAGGACAGUGAGCCGGCCAUGCGGGAGAUCAACACGCUCCUACAGGACGGCCGUGAUAAAGAGUCCCCCGGCAGCAAGAGACUGAAGGACAUCGUGCUUUAACCAGCUCCACCCGUACACAGAGCGCAUACACUGCUACCAGUGUGUGUCGACAUGCGUGUGUGUGUAUUUGUGUGCUUUAGCGAGCGUCAAGUCCUGGGGAAAGAAGGGAGACGUGUGCAGCACGACGUAUUCUCCAGAGGCUGAAAAGGUGUCUGCGAGCUCAGACUGUCAUCGUGGCUUGGUAGUAACAGCAGCGCUUGUACGUUCGUCGCAAUCGUCUCUCCGCAGUGGACAGGCUGGUUCCCUGCCCUCACAUCGUACCCUUACGGGAGAAAGACACCCGAGUACAGUCAUGCCUUGUAGACUCGAAAGAGACAUCUUACUUUCUUCUAAUGCCUUCUUUGGUAUGCAGUUUCUGCUUCAGCUGCCAAACCGCUCACUGUUCCUGUAGAGGACGUGGGUCUCUGCGAUGCUACAGAUUAGCAAGACUCCUCUUGUCCGAGCGCACAGGAACGCUCCCGCAGAUCUCAUUUCAUUUCGGUGGCUUCUCGCUGGUCUGAUAAGACAACCCUUCUCUGUUUCCCUCAAGACAUUCCAGUGUCAGCAAACCAUGAGGUCGUUACAGUGCUUAUUUUUUAUCACAGAUGGAGCUAAAUGAAGGUGCGCUAUCAACUCAAGCUCACCGAAAAACUGGAAUAGGGAGAGAUCGAUCCCCCAGACUCACAACCAGAUAUAAAUAUAUAUAUAUACGGAUGAUGAAAAGAAGAAGAUGAUGAAAAAAAAACAAAAGAAAAACAAGACUUGUUGCUUUUGAAAUCUCCUGUGCCCUUUCCUGAUUGUAGCCAGUGGAGCGCAGUUUACUAGAACUUCGUGCUCUGGUCUUGUACUUUUUUGGAUUUUGACUAUGGGGCUAGGAUAGAAGGGGUCGUCACUUACGUCUUGCUAUGUGAAACUCUGUUUAGGGUUUACUACUAUCAUUUUUAAUAAUCUGUUGUUAUGUGACAAUCCCUUUAAUGUUUUGUUGCUAAAGUAAAAACUGAAAAAAAUAAACAUUGGUGUUCAACUAAAGCUACAGUAGCGUUUGUACACAAACACAAAAAGGAAAAAAAAACAUAUAUGCCAAAAUAUAUUUUAUAAAUAAUUUAAAAUGUAUAAUGAGAAUAUUUAAUGCUGUGUAGUUAUUUUAUCAGUAAGUUAUACUUGAAAUUAACUGGCUUUUUUUUUCUUUAUUUGUCCCCUUUUUAUUGACUCUGUUAUUCCUAUUUUCAAUUUCUUUUAUUCUUCUUCUUUUUUUUUCUUUUUUUUUACAUUUUCCGAUUGAUCUUGACUUUUUGUUCACUGUGUUACCCCCAGCAACUGUUGAUUGCAGUCUACCUUGUUGUAAAAGAGUUUCUUAUUGGUCAGUUCUUGUGCCAUCAAGUUUCUGUGUGGGCAAAAAAAAAAAAGACAAAAGACAAAAAAAAAAAUUACAAAAAAACACAACAAAAAAAAAAUCUACACCAACAGUAGUGUGUCAGUACAACGAGCUUAGAGUGAGAUAGCAAAAGAAACCAAAAAAACUGCAACAAACAUUAAACGUUCAAGAUUUUCAAGGUUGUUGUUUAAUCUUAAUACUCAAGUAAGGGUAAGAGUAACACCAUUUCAAGUCACCGGAGGUGGUUCCACUCAUUUCUGAAGUGUCUGAGAGGCGGAUAGAAGCUCCAUGUAAAGCAAACCCAGAUGCUCUGAGCCAGACUUGCAUUGCUAUCUAUCUAUCAUCAAGUACAGCCCUCCAUUUUUCCAGAUCAUGUAAGAACGCUAUACCAAGCCCAACCAACACAAAUGUGUUUUUUUUUCUGCAGGAGAAAAAAGCAGAUUUGGUGGAACUGCCAUGGUGGGAACGGACAGAAAUUGCGAAAUCAGUUGUUUCUUUGCAAUACUCAUUUUUAUAAUGUGGGAAGUGCAAACAGCAGCAACGUGUGAAAAGACAUAGAACUAGUAGCUGAAUGUUUUUGCUGGUCUCACCAAACAGCUUUUGGCAACAUGAAAACGGAAUUAUCACUGAAUGUAUACUGCAGCUUAUUAUUAAACUAUUAAAUGUUCUCCA